AUGAUGCUGAAUUUCGUCAAAGGAUGCACUUCCUAUGAAAGUAUUCGAACAAUAAAUGGAGUGACAUAUCCUACUUUUAAAGCUGCAUGCUAUGCUUUGGGGUUAUUAGAUGAUGAUAAAGAAUGGACUCGAUCGCUUGAUCAAGCCGCAAUAUGGGCAAGCUCGGAGCAAGACAUAACUUCAUUGCAAAGGAAAAGAUUCAGAAUAAGUAAUCUACAGCUAACUGAACAACAAAUUGAAGCUUACACAUUGUUUGAGAUUGAGACAAUAAUGUUAAAGAUGGGAAGAAGUUUGAAAGAAAUAGAUGGCAUGCCUCUACCUAAUUCCUCAUUAAUAAGAGAUUCAGGAAAUAGGCUAAUCAAUGAAGAGCUUGAUUAUGACUGUGAGGAAUUAAAGAUAUUUCAUGAGAAGUCAGUAGCUGCUUUAAACUCUUGCCAAAAAUUAGCUUAUGAAGCUAUCAUACAUUCUGUUGAGAAUGAAGAAGGCACUUUAUUCUUUAUCAAUGGACAUGGUGGUACUGGAAAAACAUUUUUGUGGAAUACAAUUAUUUCAUACUUAAGAUCACAAUCCAAAAUAGUCUUGCCUGUUGCAACUUCAGGCAUAGCAGCUUUGUUAUUACCCAAUGGUCGAACAGCUCAUUCACGCUUUCGAAUUCCUUUGGAUGUUACAGCAGAGUCAACUUGUGACAUUCGACAAGGAACCCUAUUAGCUGGUCUUCUUAUGAAAACUUCUUUGAUCAUUUGGGAUGAAGCCCCAAUGGCAAAUAAAUUUUGCUUUGAAGCUUUGGAUAAGACAUUACGAGAUAUUUUGAGAACAAGGUAUGAAAAUAACUCAAACAAACCUUUUGGAGGACUUACAGUGGUAUGUGGUGGUGAUUUCCGACAAAUAUUGCCAGUUGUCCCAAAAGGUACAAGAGCUGAUAUUGUUGAUGCUUCUCUUAACUCAUCAUAUUUGUGGCCAUAUUUCAAAAUAUAUCAACUCAACCAAAAUAUGAGGUUAUAUAAUGGAAGUGUAAGUGGUUCUGAGGCUGCUAAAAUAGCUUCUUUUGACAAAUGGAUGUUGCAAAUUGGAGAUGGUUCGCUAUAUGAUGACAAAGAAAAAGAAUUGAUCAAAAUUCCUACAGAUAUAUCUAUAAAGCCAUCUCAAGAUCCAGUUAAAGCCAUAGUUGAAGCUAUAUACCCAUCGCUUUUGCAUAGAUAUAAUGAUCCCGCAUAUUUGAAAGAAAGAGCCAUAUUAACCCCAAAAAAUGAAAUGGUCCAUGAACUAAAUGAGAUGAUUAUGAAUGAACUCCCAGGUGAAGGGAGAACCUAUUUAAGUUCAGACAGUAUAUGCAAAGCAAGUGUCAACACAAAUGAUGAAGAUCUUUUGUAUCCAAUGGAAUUUUUGCAAAGUUUGAAAUUUAAUGGCGUCCCGAAUCAUGACAUCCGUCUUAAGGAAGGUGCUCCUGUAAUGCUCCUUAGAAAUUUAAACCAAACUGAAGGACUCUGCAAUGGCACAAGAUUGAUUAUCACUCGACUUGGUAAAUGGUCGGUUAGAGCUGACAUCAUUUCUGGAAAAAAUAUUGGUCAAAACGUAACAAUACCAAGAAUUAUAAUGUCUCCAAAUGAAUCAAGAUGGCCAUUCAAGCUAAACAGACGACAACUUCCUUUGGCACCAUGUUUUGCUAUGACAAUUAAUAAAAGCCAAGGACAAUCUCUUAAAUAUGUGGGCUUAUAUCUACCUAAGCAAGUAUUCACCCAUGGUCAACUAUAUGUAGCUGUGUCUCGAGUUACCACAAGGGAAGGAUUGGCCAUACUGAACCUUGAUGAUGAGGAGGAAGACCAAUCCUUAAUCAAAAAUAUCGUUUACAAAGAAAUAUUUCAAAAUAUUCAAUCCUCAACCCACUGA